AGACAGGGUUGCCCAAUCUCUCCAUUUCUCUUUAACUUUGCCAUCGAUGACAUUCUGGAGUCAGCUCUGAAGGAUGUGCGUGAAGGUGGUGUAGAUCUGCUACCUGGAGAUAGACUUUUCGACCUCGAGUAUGCAGACGAUAUCGUCUUACUGUGCGAUAGCAUGCAGGCUGCCCAAAUCGCACUUAAUCAGUUGGCGAUCAGUGUCUGUAAGUAUGGUAUGUGCUUUGCACCGUCUAAGUGCAAAGUACUGUUACAAGAUUGGCAGGAGCCUGUACCUGCACUCACUCUUGCGGGUGAACCGCUUGAAGUUGUUGAUAAGUUUGUGUAUCUGGGUAGUUGUGUGAGUGCUGGCGGAGGGGUGACGGAUGAGAUUUCCAACCGUAUAAUGAAGGCUAGGGUGGCAUACAUCAACUUGUGCCACCUCUGGCGCCGUCGCGACGUUAGCCUGGCUGUCAAAGGUCGGGUAUACAAUGCUUCGGUGCGGGCUGUCUUGCUCUACGCCUGUGAAACCUGGCCUCUCCGAGCUGAGGAUGUGCGGCGACUCUGCGUGUUCGAUCAUCGCUGUCUCCGCAGGAUUGCUUGCGUUCGAUGGCAUCAUCGCGUGAGUAAUUCUGAGGUUCGGCGGCGUGUGUUUGAACACAGUGGAGAUCACCAUUCAUUGAGUGUCGUCAUCUGGAAACACCAGCUCCGGUGGCUUGGACAUGUGCUGCGAAUGUCAUCCCAGAGGCUUCCGUACAGGUCUCUGUUCGCUAGCCCUGGGACGGGAUGGAAAAGGCGGAGGGGUGGUCAGUCCAUGACGUGGCGUCGUGGGAUGAAGGAUAUUUGUGCUAGAUUAGCAUCGGUUGGUGUGUCACGACUCCCUGGUUGGGGUCCGCGAGAUAGCUCGAAUCGAUGGCUCGAAACGUUAUCGGAUAUGGCCAAGAAUCGUAAUCAAUGGCGAACGUGUUGCAAUUUCCUUCUUUCUUCCCUUCCUGAUGAUAGUUAACGAAUACUGUUUGAACUUGUUAAACAUGACUGUUUUCCUUCCUGAUGAAGUUCUUUAUCCGUUUUCUACUUAUAUUUUUACUUUUAAUCUAUGUUGUUUUAUUAUUAUUGUGUGGCGCAUCUUUCUUGGUGCCAUAUUGUACCAAGUUUUUCUGCGUUUAAAUAAAUAAAUAAA